GCACAAGGUGUUGUGGCAAUGAUGUAUCCCUUCCUAACAGCAGUUUUCUCCCGACUAUCGGGGCCUCAGCAGACUGUGCUGGUUGUAGUGAUGCCCGCCUUUAAGUACGUGACGAAACACGUGAUCGCUAACGCAGCGGUGGGACUUCACGAACACGUCGGCCCGAUUGUGGUCUUCUCGGUAGAUGUCUUCAGUGUGUUUUACGUCGCCAUGUGCAUGCAAAUAUCCAAGACGAUGGCAACGACACUCCUGAUUAUUGCAUUCGAUAGCUUCCAUGUUGUUGCUGCUCUCCGUGAUAUUCUUCGCCAGGCCACCGCCAUCCAAACACGUCAAGAGGGGAAAACGAGUGACAUUAAUUAUCUGGAAGAACUAACAGCCAUGGCGCAGACACUUUUCGAAGGUGGCAAUGCAUCACGGCCUGUUAAAGCUAUUCGGAUACUCGCUCCACGCCCCCUAUAUCUCUCGGAUGAAAGUUCUACUUUCCUUAAUAAAAAGAAGCAGACAACAUAUCCAAACUUGGAGUAA